ACAAUCAGUGCCUGUGCCUUUGCAAUCAGCACUGCAGCCUCCAGAUGGAGCAUCUCACACUCCUGCUACUUUACUGCGGCCUCCACAAACAGUGCCUGAACCUUUGCAAUCAGCACUGCAGCCUACUAAGGCAGCACCCCAGCUUCCACAAACCAUGCCUCACCUUUCAGCACAUCAGCUUCCUCAAACAGAGCAGCAGCCCCAAACAACACUUCAGCCAUCACAAACAGUGCCUCAGCCUUCACUGGCACUUCCACCUUCACUCAUAUUAAUCCAGCGUCAACAAGCAACACCCCAGCUGCCAGAAGCAGUCCCUCAGCCCUUACAAGGAGCACCUCAGCCUUUGCAAACAGGACUGCAGCCUCCACAAACAACCCCUCUGCUGCCACAGACAGUGCCUCAACCAUUACAAACAGUAUCUCAGCUCCCACCAAGUGUAUACCAGCCACCACCAACAAUGCCUCAGCCUCUACACACAGCGCUUUAUCCUUCACAAGCAGUUCUGCAGCCUCCACAAACUGUGCUUAAUUCUCCCCAAACUGUGCUUCAGGCUCCACAAACAUCACUUCAGCUACCACAAACAGUGAUACACCCUUCAUACACGAUGUUUAAGCCUCAACAAGCAGCACAUCAGCCUCAACAGACGGUACUCCAGUCUCCACAAGUAGUAGCUAACCCCACUCCACAUCAUGGAACGUUUGAGAGUAACCCACCUUCAGCACCAUUUCUCCAAUUCACAAUGCCUCCCAAUUUCUUUCCUUCACCAGUGUUAAACAGCACACUGCAAACUCCUCUUCAGCAUGGUGUUCCGUCUUCCUUGACAGCCUCUCAGUCUUCCACCAUGAGCUUACUUAGUGCUCUUCAAGAUGACAAACUGGGACUGAUACUGCCUGUGUUAGUGAGGAUGGAGCACAAGAUGGAUCAGAUUAUGGCAUUGUUAGGAGCUAGAUCAAGUGCUGGAAUAAAUGUGAUGAAAAUGGAAAGCGAGCUGAAUCCCGUCAUGACAGGAAACCAGUCAAGUGCUGCUAUGAGGGGAAACCAGUUGCCUUCUAGUAUGACAGGCAAACAAUCAAAUCCUGCCACAAUAGGAAAUAAGUCAAAUUCAACUUUGGCAGGAAACCGGCUGAAUCAAGGAAACCAGUCAAAUGCCAUCACGAUUGAAGAUCAGUCAAAUACCGAUACCAAUGCGCCUCAGUCUAACCCUUCGGCAAUGGAAACAUCGACUUCCUCCACGAUGAACACUAAUUUAAAUGCUAGUUUGACAGAAGACGACACCUUGGAGGAAAACCAGGGAGAUACCGACGUCGUGAUGGAACCAAGUGCUGAAACUGCCAAGCAGACAACCCCUUCAGGCACUGGCAAGUCUACAGCUCAAGGACGUGCAAUGCAACACAAAAUGGCGAAAAUAUCUGAAAAUACCUUGCCAAAUGAUUUAAACUUCCCCAUAUCGCGUGACAAUAUUAUCGCAUUACAAGCAAAGUCCACAUCUACAAUGAACUUUGCUGUGCGGUUGAUGCGCGAAAUGUUUACCCUAGAUGAACUAGAGGGGAAGAAUAUUGCAGGAGCGAGAGGAAAAGAUCGAGUGGAUCCUAACAGGGUGGAAAUAAUCAAAGACAUUGUUUUCCAGGUUUAUCGUACUUCGCCAUCAGACAGGGAUUAUGUUUGGAGGUGUUGUCGUAAAGCAAUGGACUCUUUUAUGCGUAGGAUGAAGCGUGAACGGGUUCUGAAGAACAAACUUGCUGUUGUCACUGAAAGUAACUGACACAUUUUGAUAAACAAGUUUUCCUUUUCUUCAAAUUAAUUCGAUGAUAGCGGGAUCUUUGUUAGUUUAGUACUUACAAUAGUCUAUUCCAGUCGUCAGGUUGUUUGGGGAGCAGCGCAAAAAUACGUCUAGAGAGAAAAAUGGGGGAAGCGAGCCAAGGAACCCCUCCCCUAUAUUCCCCUCGCCGCUUUUUCUCGUUACGCCGAACUCAACCUGAAUCCCAGAACCCUUUCCCCCACUCCCAAGUGAGGGAAAGGGUACUGAGAUCGAGGUUGCGCCCAACUAACGGAAUGGCAGGAAAGGCUAGUAAAGUAUGAAUCAGGUAUGCUGAUAUGGUUUGAGAUUGAGAUAUUGUUUUCUUUAAAAAUUAUCAUGGACGUUUUUGCAGCUGUUGCAGGACGUAGCUUUUCAGUUUUCACACUUUGGAAGUGCUUUGAGUUAUUUUAGGGACUGAUUACAUGGCGAAUU